GAUUUCGGAACGUGCCUACCUCAUGUAUUCUAUUAAUCGUGGGAAUUUUGUGCUAUCGAACGCAACUAUUGUCAAACGGGAGCAAGCAAUUAUUUGUCGAUUUCUAUAACUGUACAAAUGGUGGCAGACUUAUUGAAAAAAGUGAUCGUUGUGACAGGAGCUGGACAGGGAAUCGGGAGAGCUCUCUGUCAGCACUUAUCAACAGCAGGGGCGCAAGUUAUUGCGCUUUCAAAGUCGGCGGACAAAUUAGAAGAGCUUAAGAAUAACUACUCAAAUAUAGAGACCAUAUCAAUAGACCUUAAAAAUUGGCAGAAUGUACGAGAAGUCCUUUCAAAACUGCCGCAAAUAGAUGGACUGGUGAAUAAUGCUGGUGUGGCUAUUAUCGAGCCCUUUGAGGAAUUGACAGAGAAGGACUUUGAUGACACAUUUGACAUAAAUGUCAAGGCAGUUUUCAACGUAACGCAGGCGCUCUUGCCGAAACUCAAUAAAGGCUCUAGCAUAGUGAUGGUAUCAUCGUUGGCUGCUUCUCGAUCAUUUCAUGGUCAUGCAGUAUAUAGUGCCACUAAAGCUGCGGUAGAUUCACUUACGCGUUCUCUAGCAUUGGAACUGGGACCCAAGCAAAUUCGCGUUAACUCCGUUAACCCAACCGUAGUGCUAACACAAAUGGGUCGUGAAAACUGGAGCGAUUCAGAAAAAUCGGGACCGUUGCUAGCACAUAUACCCUUGAACCGCUUUUGUGAGAUACAAGAAGUAAUUGAUGGAAUCGUUUAUUUGUUGAGUAGCAAAUCGAGUUUUGUAAAUGGACAUCACUUGAAUUUGGAGGGGGGCUAUUCGGUGUCUUAAAAUAUAUGCAGUUGUUAUCAAUAAUAUGAAAAUAUUUUCAACGAAUAAAGCAACGCAUUUGCAUAUGCACA